AUGGAUGCUGAGAUCGUACCAGAUUCGCUGGGUGUCAUGGACGAGGGCAUGUCGGACAGAAUUGAAUCGUCCGAAGACAAGUGCGUGGAGCCAGUGGAUGUGGUGUACUGGAAUCUGCUCCUGGCAUUUGGCCUAUACUUGACAAACUGCCUCAUAUCUGUGUACAUGUCACUGGGCCUCAACAGGACGCUCAUAUUUGCAGGCAUCCGGUGCGUAAUCCAGCUCAUGGUGCUUGGCUACAUCCUGGUACCGCUGUUUAAAACGCAUCACUGGUACUACAUUGCGGCGUAUGUUGUGUUCAUGCUGUGGGUGGCUGCCAUCGAGGUGAUGUCACGGCCUUCUCAUUCAUAUGCGGGCAUGCUGAGUCACAUCAUUUUAGCAAUCACCGCAUGCACAUCCACUGUCCUCAUUUAUGGGAUGCUGCUUGUGAUCCAAUGGGGCACAGUGGAGCCGCUUGGUGCCAGUGACCUGAAGUGGUGGGCACCGCAAUACUUCAUACCCAUAGCAGGGAUGCUACUGGGCAACUCGCUGUCAGGUAUCAGCCUGGGCCUGACAACUGUUCUGCAAGAACUUGCAACAGGCAAGGAUCGCGUGGAAGUCCUGCUUGCCGUUGGUGCCACCCGCUUCGAGGCAACAAAAGGCGUCGUCCGCCAAGCCCUGAACACCGCCCUGUUGCCGAUGGUCAACCAGAUGAGCGUUGUGGGUAUCGUCUCAAUCCCGGGCAUGAUGACUGGUCAGAUCCUGGCAGGAUCGCCGCCCUUGCAGGCAGCCAAGUACCAGAUCGCAAUACUGUUCAUGAUCAGCACGGCAACGGCCCUUGGGUCCAUUAUCGCAGUGUUCCUUGCAGUGAUGUACAUUGUGGACAGCCAGCACCGGUUGCGUUCAGAUCGGCUCCGAUCGCGGAACAGACCUCCAGGGAUCGAGGUUUGGGCGAUGGUGAAGGCGAUAUCGGCUGUCGAGAGUGUGAGAAGUUUUGGCAGACGAAUGUACAACAUCAGGCGGCGCAACUGGUACUCACAGGCUCCCAGCCUGAGGAACAGGAAUUGGAUGUAUGUCCGUGCUGGCACUGACAACCUGGAUGACAAUAGGUUUGGGGCGCUGGUGGGAAGUGGCGACUUGGGGAGUGAUGACGUGUUCAUGGGCAGCGUUGACGGGGGACUUCAAAUGGAAUUGGAAGGAGAGGGUGCGGUUGUCGUUGAGGAUGGGAAGUUGGGCAAAAAGUAA